GGCAGGUAGCACCGUUCGGAGUUUCAGAGCCGCCCCGGGGAGCUGCUGCUGUUGGGACAUGAUCCGAAACGGACACGGGGUGGCGGUCAGCGCCGAGCGGCCGGGCCCAGGGGGCAGGCCGGCUGUGCGAGUGUGGUGCGACGGCUGCUAUGACAUGGUGCAUUACGGCCACUCAAACCAGCUGCGCCAGGCCCGGGCCAUGGGCGACUACCUCAUCGUGGGUGUGCACACUGACGAGGAGAUCGCCAAGCACAAGGGCCCCCCGGUGUUCACGCAGGAGGAGAGGUACCGGAUGGUGCAGGCCAUCAAGUGGGUGGACGAGGUGGUGCCGGCGGCUCCCUACGUCACCACGCUGGAGACGCUGGACAAGUACAGCUGCGACUUCUGUGUCCAUGGCAAUGACAUCACGCUGACUAUAGACGGCCGGGACACCUAUGAGGAAGUGAAGCAGGCUGGGAGGUACAGAGAGUGCAAGCGCACCCAGGGCGUGUCUACCACGGAUCUCGUUGGCCGCAUGCUGCUGGUCACCAAGGCCCAUCACAGCAGCCAAGAGCUGUCCUCGGAGUACCGGGAGUACGCAGACAGCUUCGGCAAGUGCCCAGGUGGGCGGAACCCCUGGACGGGGGUGUCCCAGUUCCUGCAGACGUCACAGAAGAUCAUCCAGUUUGCUUCAGGGAAGGAGCCUCAGCCGGGGGAGAUGGUCAUUUAUGUGGCCGGAGCCUUCGAUCUGUUCCACAUCGGGCACGUGGACUUCCUGGAGAAGGUGCACGGCCUGGCGGGGAGGCCCUACGUCAUCGCCGGCCUGCACUUCGACCAGGAGGUCAACCGCUACAAGGGCAAGAACUACCCCAUCAUGAACCUGCACGAGCGGACCCUGAGCGUGCUGGCCUGCCGGUACGUGUCGGAGGUGGUGAUUGGGGCCCCGUACGCGGUCACGGCAGAGCUGCUGGACCACUUCAAGGUGGACCUGGUGUGUCACGGGAAGACGGAAAUCGUGCCUGACAGGGACGGCUCUGACCCGUACCAGGAGCCCAAGCGGAGGGGCAUCUUCUGCCAGGUGGACAGCGGCAGCGACCUCACCACGGACCUCAUUGUCCAGCGCAUCAUCCAGAACAGGCUGGAGUACGAGGCCCGGAACCAGAAGAAAGAGGCCAAGGAGCUGGCCCUCCUGGAGGCCAGGAGGCGGCAGGAGGCGCAGCCCAAGAAGGAGAGUGACAGUGCCUUCUGACGAGGGAUGCCGGUCACCGAGAGCCCCGGCGCUCGGCCUGCUCCCCACCCUGCUUCCCACGCCGUGGCGUCUGGCUCCCGUGGCUUUAGCAGCGCCGCAGCGCCCCCCCUUAGCUGCCCGGCCCCGGGAGGGCUGGGGGGGAGGCUGC